GCGAGUGAGCGACGCCGCGGAGGAGGAGAAAGAAAACGCAGCGAACAAAACACACAAUGGCGACGGCGGCGACCACGGCAGGCGGGACGGGAUCCGGUGGACCGGCCGGCGGCCCGGUCGGUGGUGGAGGAGCAGCGGUGGGACGUAAAAAGGACGGCGGCCCGUCCACGAAAUUCUGGGAAAGUUCAGAGACGAUAUCCCAACUGGAGACGGUGCGACUGUGGAUCGGAAAGCACUACAAGAAGUAUGUCCAGAAUGACUCCCCCUCCAGUAAAAGCUUGGCGGGCCUGGUCGUCCAGUUGCUUCAGUUCCAGGAGGACGCAUUUGGACGCAGGGUCAACAAUCCUGCUCUUACCAAACUACCUGCCAAGUGUUUCCACGAUUUCAAAGCAGGAGGUGCUCUCUGUCACAUCUUGGGGUCGGUUUACAAAUUUAAGAGUGAACAGGGCUGGCGGAGAUUUGACCUGCAGAAUCCUUCCAGGAUGGACAGGAAUGUGGAAAUGUUCUUAAAUGUUGAGAAGAACUUGGUCCAGAAUAACUGCCUGACUCGACCCACCGUCUUCCUGUCACCGGACAUCGAGCAGAAACAGGCCAGUAAACUCAAAGACAUCAUCAAAAGGCACCAGGGCUCCAUGACUGAUGAUAAAUCAAAAGCCACCCACCACAUUUACCCGUCACCAUCCCAACAAGAAGAGGAGGAGUGGCUUCGUCCUGUAAUGAGGAAAGACAAGCAGGUGCUGGUGCACUGGGGUCUUUACCCAGACAGCUAUGACACCUGGGUAUCAGCCAGUGAGGUGGAUGGCGACAUAGAGGAUCCACCCAGCAACGACAGACCCUGGAAGGUCCAUGCCAAGUGGGUUUUAGACACGGACGCCUUCAAUGAGUGGAUGAAUGAAGAAGACUACGAGGUAGAUGAGAACAAGAAACUAGUCAACUUCCGUCAGAGGAUCUUCCCCAAAGAGGAGGAGUCUUCCCGUACACCCGAUCGUAAGGAGCGCAAAGCCAACUCCGCCGGCAAGAAGAGGAGACGCUCGCCCUCGCCGCCCAGUACUCCUGUCGAGUCUCGCAAGAAGGGAGGAAAGAAAGGGAACCCCGGGUCUCACUGGAAGCGACGGGGCCACAGAGGAGAAGAGGAGGACACUGAGGAGGACAUAACCAAGGACAUGGACGACUCAUCAGCCGGUGCCAGCAUGGAGGAGGGAAGCGUGCCCAAAAACGCAGGUUCAAAGAAGGACAUUGAAAACACUCCAAUAAAAGGAGGGAAUGUGGCGGACCUGGAUGACAUGGAGGAUGACUCUGUGCUGUCUGGUGGAAAGGAUGACGACGACCAGGGCAAAGCGGAGAUCAACCGACUGAUGGACACUAGCGAGGACAACGUUACUGAACAGACUCAUCACAUCAUCAUCCCCAGCUACUCUUCUUGGUUCGACUACAACUGCAUCCACGAGAUUGAGAGAAGAGCCUUGCCCGAGUUCUUCAAUGGAAAGAACAAGUCCAAAACCCCAGAGAUAUACUUGGCCUACCGUAACUUCAUGAUCGACACGUAUCGGCUGAACCCUCAGGAGUAUCUCACCUCCACCUCCUGCCGCAGGAACUUGACCGGGGACGUGUGCGCCAUCAUGAGGGUUCAUGCCUUCUUGGAGCAGUGGGGUUUGGUAAAUUACCAGGUGGACUCUGAGAGUCGCCCACUGCCCAUGGGCCCCCCACCGACACCCCACUUUACUGUGCUGGCUGACACACCCUCUGGCCUUGUGCCCUUGAACCACAGACCCCCACCAAUUCCUCCUCCACAGCAGAUGCCCAACUUUGCAGACAAAAGCAAAGACAAAGCCAUUGACUUGCAGAACUUUGGACUUCGCUCUGACCUUUACAAGAAAAUCCCUAAGGGUAAAAGUGUCAACUCCACCAGGGACUGGACUGAGCAGGAGACUCUGCUGCUGCUAGAGGCCCUUGAGAUGUUCAAAGAUGACUGGAACAAAGUGUCGGAGCAUGUCGGUUCACGCACCCAAGACGAGUGUAUUCUGCACUUCCUGCGGCUGCCCAUCGAGGAUCCAUAUCUGGAGAACAGUGAGGCCACCCUGGGCCCCCUGGCCUACCAGCCCAUACCUUUCAGCCAGUCUGGAAACCCUGUCAUGAGCACAGUAGCCUUCCUGGCCUCUGUGGUUGACCCCAGAGUGGCAUCUGCUGCUGCCAGGGCAGCCUUAGAGGAGUUCUCCCGUGUGCGUGAGGAGGUUCCGGCUGAGCUGGUGGAGGCUCAUGUGAAGAAGGUGCAGGAGGCUGCCAGGAGCACAGGGAAGGUCGACCCCUCCUUCGGCCUGGAGAGCAGUGGCAUCGCCGGCACUGCCCCUGAUGAGCCCGAAAAGACUGAAUCAACAGAACCAGAAAAAAUAGAAACUGACACAGACUCCCAACAAGCCGAUAAGGCGGAGUUGAAGGAGGAGGCAGAGAAGCCCAGUGAGUCUGCAGAAAAGAACGAUAAAACAGAAGCCGUAGACAAGGUGAAGAAGGAGGGAGCUGAGACGUCGGAGCGCGAGGAGGAGCCAGAGGAAGGAGGGGAGGCCAAGACGGCACCAGCAGACAAAGACAAGGAGGAGGCUAUGGAGACAUCAUCCUCAGAGCAGGAGAAGGACAAGGAGGACAAGGCGGCUACAGAUGAGGGAGAGGAGAAGAGGAAGAAGCUGGAGCAUGACAUCGGAGAAGGAAACAUCGCUACAGCGGCUGCAGCUGCGCUGGCAUCUGCUGCCACCAAGGCCAAGCACUUGGCAGCAGUAGAGGAGAGGAAGAUCAAGUCCCUGGUGGCUCUGCUGGUGGAGACCCAGAUGAAGAAGCUGGAGAUCAAACUGAGGCACUUCGAGGAACUGGAAACCAUCAUGGACCGAGAAAAAGAGGCUCUGGAGCUUCAGCGGCAGCAGCUGCUCACAGAGCGUCAGGCAUUCCACAUGGAGCAGCUCAAAUAUGCGGAGAUGAAGGCAAGGCAGCAGAUGGAGCAGCAGGCAGCUGCUGCUGCCGCCGCUGCGGCAGCCCAGGCCCAAGGACAAGGACAGGGACAGGGACACACCCCUGGUUCUGGACCACACUCUGGACCCCCACAACCAGGCAUGCAUCCUGGAGGACCGCCACCACAUCAUGGAGGACCUCCACCACAUCAUGGAGCACCUCCACCCCACCACGGAGGGCCGCCACCCGGGGCUGCCAUGCACCCUGGCUACCCCCCGAUAGGUCACCACCCCAUGGCCCCCCACCACCCAGGACAGACAGGACCGAUGGGACCAAGCCAGCCGAUUCCGGGACGUAUGCUCUCCGGCCCCCCCUCUGCAGGCCCCCCUCCCGGCGGCAUGCCACCCAUGAUGCCCCCACGCCACCCUGGAGCUCCCAACGGCAUGUACCCUGGACCAGCACCUGCACAGCCUGAAGGGAUUCCUCCCGUCCCUGUGGGUCCUCCAGCGCCCCCAAGUGCACGAGUGGCUGAAAACUAAGACCAUCACCCAUACUAACACAAACACACACAUGCACACACACUUAAACAAAAGCACACACAUGAAAGUAACUUAAUCUCUAAAUUGAAGAUCAGUUUUGAUGACCUUUGCUACUGGCUCUAAUUUUAUUCCUCAGCACUGAAAUCCCUCAUAAAUCACAGGAUACACUCACACACACACUCAGGGUUCAGUGGCAAGGGUAACCCAAUUUUUCACACACACCCAGACUUCCUCUCAGGGCACAGAGGCAAGGCUCAUGUAGUAAUAAACACUGUUUCCUGCUCUGUUGGGCCAAAUGGAGGCUGGAGAAAAAUGACUCUGUACAGAAACAAAACCAGGAGGUAGAACAGAUAAAAACCCGAGUCUUGUCUCUACUUUCUUCUCUUUCAAUGCUGUUUAAAUUGACACUGUAACCCCAUCCCGUCUCUUAAAACACACACACACACACGCCACUCUCUCCUCUUGUCUGGUGCCUCUUUCUCUACACUGAUCACUAGGGGGAGUUAAUAAGACUAGACGGCCCAUCAGACAUGCAGCGUUGCCACACGCACACACACAGCUGAUCCAGACAAUAGUAUGAAUUUAACACACACUUAAAGGGGGACCCAGCCUGGCCUCACUCUUAUCCGGUCGAGUAUCUACCUCUCGCUCCUCUUUAAACGAUACACUGUAGUUCUGUGUGUGUGUGUUCAAGGUUAGAAGAGUGUGUGUGUGUGUGUGUGUGUGUGUGAUGGCGGGUUCACUCGUCUGCCUUCUCUCACCACAGUUUGACCUACAGAAAUGUGAGCCUUUUGGACCCCCGUUUUUUGGCCGGGGGUCCCCAUGUAGUCGUUUUCACUCCACGUCGUGCUACACUUGAACUCGGUUGCGGUCUUUGGAGUCGAGCAGGAGACGCGAUCACUGCUUUAGUUUCUUUGAUGCGUUUUCCUGUUUUUAAUUGAAGCACAAGAUUGGCUUUGUUCUCAUUGUCUACACACACUGUUUUUAAAUAGUCUUUGGAUAAGUGUUAUUAAUCAGCCUGUUCUUGUGUUAGUGCGGCUUAUUUGUAGUCAUUUAAAGGUCCGGUGUGUAACAGUAAGGAGGCGAGAGGUUAUUGGCAAAAUAAGUGACUCUACUACCCAUAAGUGUUGAUGUUCAAGUGGAUAAAUAUGUCUGUCCGUUUAUGUCGAGGCACAGGCCUUGCUUUAUGGACGUACCGCUGAGUUUGGACAUCCAGAGCGUUCAAUGUGCGUACUAAAGCAGAAGCGGACAGCAUCUAUUCUGGCUUUAUCAUAGCUUUCUGAGGUUUUUGGACAAGGGGCAGCAUAUGUGUGAAGCUACUCAGUCCGUACUGGAAACCCAGUUUGUUCUACGCAUGUGCGAAUUGCAGCUACUUCCUCUCACGGAGGUUAUAGUUGGGAUUUUUGCUAGUCUUCAGUUUUACCAGUAGGUGGUGCUAUUUCUUACACACUGGACCUUUUUAAGGGUCAAUGCUAAAGUCUUGAUGUGAUUAACUCCCAUCGCACUGUAGGAUUGGUUAAAGCUUCAACAAAGGGAGGACGGGCGUUUAGACGCACCAUCAUUCACACCUUCUGUCACACCGUCCGCAAUCCUAACUCUCACACACACACACACGGAAACGUAAGCUAAACUGAGGCUCACACUGGAGGCUGCCACAAAUCACUGGACAGCCAGCCACACACACACAUACAAGACCUAAUCUCCUGCUGACCCUCACUCAGCCUUUACAGAGAGGGAGACGCUGUGAAGCAGCUCGACUGAAACAUCACACCAACCGUGAAUGAUGCUCUUGCUCAGCGUGGUGGGCCUGUCGUGGGUUAUAGGUGCUGAUACUGUAGCAGAUAAACUCCUAACUCUCCCCCCAUUUCCUAACGCCUAGUGCUGCCUACCUCGCUAACCCUAGCCCCCAAGCAUUGACACAUUAGCUUUUUUUUUUGCCACUAUCCACAGUCAAACUUUAGCAAUAUUCCCAUUGAACCUGUGUAUGGUCUGAAAAAUACUGAGCUACUACCACUGAGAAGCUCUCGUGAUUUUCACUGUUGUCCCAAUAAGUUGUCGUGAAAACUAGGGGAACAACCACUAAACGUUUUAUUACUUUGCAGAAAUUAGUGUUCUACUCAAACCAUUCAUCUGUUAAAUAAUUCUUAGGACAAAUGCCAAUAAGCCUCUUGGACUUUUGAAUAAGAUUUGUUGUGUUUGACCAAAUGAGAUACUUGAACACAUCAUCUUGUGGCCUGUGGAUGUCAUUCAUGGUCAUUUUUCCUCUCUUCUUUAGUUGACCAAAUUAUAAUCUCGCUUGCUACCGUUCUAGUAUCAUUUACAAACUGGAGAUAUGUGGCAAAUCCAACACAUACAUGCUGUUUUAUUCUUGUUGAUUGAAUAAUCGUUGAUGUGUGUGUGUGUUUAUAUACAUAUAUAUAUGUUCUGUCAAUCAGUUCACGAGAUUGACGGCUAAUUGUAGACACAAAAAAAGAGGCAAAAUAAUUGGAGCUUUCUCUUUUAACCACACAGUUUUUCCGUGUACAUUUUCUGAAAGCAACUGCUGAGGAAGACUGGGUGAUGGAGUUGAAAGCUUGACAAGGCUCGGCGAACUAUUUAAGGACUUUAAACAUUAACGAUUAACUUAGGUCCAUUUUUUCCAGCGUACAUUUAGCCAUUUUGUUCAGCUUUUUUUUUUUUCUCCUCCUGAUAAUUGAAGUUGUGUGGAGGUUUUUUGCGUGUUGUACGAGACUCUGGUUGACACACAGGUUUAUUUAUAAUAAAAGCUCAAAUGAGGUCAAUUUAUUUUCAAGUUUGAAACCACUCCCCCAACCCCCUUCCUCGCUGGCACUGUUAGUAUCUCUGCUACCUCUUCGUCGUUCACCCGCUAGCUACCUCUUCUAGAAAUCUUCCUCUCGCUCUGUGCUACCUCUCUGCGCACCCUUUCGCUACCUCUCGUUCUUCUCUCUUUAUUUCUUCUUCUUCCAUCUUUUCUUUUCCCGCCCACAUGACUGCUGCGUCACUGGCUGUUUCAGUCUUUCUUCCCACCGUCUGUCGGAAGGAGACGGAAACACAACGCUCGUUCACGCGCCCUCCUUUCUCAUUCGGCAUCUUCACCGGCUUACUUUAUGUAAUAUCACUUAAAUAUGACGGGAAUCCCCUUACAUAUAUUAUCUUUAAUCAAUACCCUUUUGUUUUUUUUUGUCAAUGGUAAUGUAUUUUUAAGGAGAAGUUUUGUGUAGAUGGAAGUUAUCUGUUCUUUGGAAGUUUGUAGCAUUUGUUUUUCCCUUUUUUUUAUUUUGUAUGGGGUCUGUUGGUACUUGGACCUAGACACUGUCGAAUAAACUGUGUUUUGUAUGAA